AAUGGAUCUUUGGAAAACUCUCAUGAAUUCUCUGAAACAAAAAUUUGCAGUGAAGAAAGAAGCCUGAGGUUGGGCAACUAGGCCUAACAUUAGAGUAAGCAACAAGAUAUGGCUGAUGAUAGUUAUCUUGGUGCAUUUUGCAUGUGUCAAAGCAGAUAAGCAAGUAUUCAUGGGCAUGGAGGAUACCGAGAAGAGGACAAACAUAAUGAAAGAGAUGGUAGAUGAGUAUGCAAUAGAUGGGAAAGUAGCACUUGAGUAUAGAGAAGAGAAAGGGACAUAUACUGUUACCUCCAAGGAUAUUAAAAACCGAGAGGAUACUAUCUGGCUGCCACCAAGGACAAUAAUGUCUGUUUAUGAUGAGAUUCCGUUUAAAGCAACAUUGAUUAAUGCUCUUUCUCGUAUUCCUGACACUAACAACUUCCAGCCUUCUCCAAAUAAUCCUCAGGAUUUCUAUAGCUCUACUGUGUUGCUAGCAAUUCAGCUACUGAUGAACGUCAAUGUGAAUCGCUCAACUUUGGAUUCCAAAUUCCCUGAAUACAAGAAUGUUCCUCUAUACAUAGAGAAUUGUAAAGUUUGUCAUGAUUACGUCUGGAGUUUGCCAAGUUACAAGGACAUGGACCAUCCUAACCAAUGGGAGCAGGAAGACCAUGACUUUUACAAUAAAAUCUCUUUUACCAGACUCGGAUUCAGGGACAUCAAACUAUUUCACAAGAAACUUAUUGAUGCUUUGCAUGCAGAGAAUACCCCAGAGAGUCUGUUUGUUGCCAAGGAGAUUGUAUUCGACAUGAAACAGUACCUCUGGGCUUAUAAUAUAGUCAACACCAGAUGCUUUAUGCUCAAGCUGGAGAAUUAUAAGAAACUUUAUGGAGAGAACUAUGGGAGCAUUCUGAAUAUGGCAAUCAAUCAGAAGCUAGUGCCACAACAAAAUAAUGCUCUGCUUCCGAUAAUGGAUUAUCUUAACAUGAUCGUUCCUCAGAAACAAGACUUUGAAGAACUUUCAACUGAAGAGGUUAAGAAGCAAUAUUUGAGGAGAUUCUACCUCAUUGUUAGAGACCAAAAGUUAUACCUUCAAGUUCAAGGGGACUUUAAGCAAGGGCAAGAGUAUGGAUUUGCCUAUACCACAGAUCUUGUGUGAAACUCACUGAUCUCAACAUAUGGAUUUGCAGUAAAGGAUGGAGUUGGUCAAAUAAUGACACUGAGUCUCGUCAAUGAAAUCCCAGCUAAAAACUAUAAACUCUGAGCAGUCCUUAAUUGUGUAAGGAAUGCUAAAAACCUUCCUAAACUAAAGAGGAUGAAUUAUCAAUUUUCAUUCCUUGAUGAUUCAAAAGAGGAGGAAUCGCUAUUAAUGCUCUACAGAAUUGCAAAAUACACUAUUGAUUCUAAUAUAACUUCAAAGAAAGAUAUUGAGGCUCUUGGUAGAUCACUCAGGUUCAAAAUAGACAAAUAUGGAUAUAUCUCGAUCGAAAAUGAGAUUGACGCAAUUGGGAGAGCAAUAGACAUGCUUGAACAAUAUCUUUCCCAGAAAGAUCUAGAUAUCCCAGAAGAUCUUGAUCAGCUUCCUUACAGACAAAGGAUCUCAUACUACUGUGCGAUAGACCAGAGGAAUGUGAUCCUCUGGCACAUCACAAAUCUUCAUGGAAGACUCCAGCUGUUAUUAGAAAAAUCAAUUGAGGAAGAAUAGUAGAUAUAAC